GUAAAAAGUCACGUGACUUGUAGGAAGAAAACAAAUUGUAUGACAGUUACAUAUUUUCAUCGUCACAUGAUUGCGACUGUUUGGCUAUCGUACACCUUUAAGUUUCUUUUGAUCUUUGUGCUGCCAAGCAAGGUUUUUCGCCACAAUGUCGCUAUCGAAACAGGUAGCUGUGGAAGUAUGCUGUGAUUUUUGCGAAUCGGAAGCAAACGUCAACUGGUUCUGUCGCGAUUGCGUCAACAAUAUGUGUGUUCAAUGUAAGCGCACGCACACAAAAAUUCCACUAUGUAAAAAUCACGUGAUCCUACCAAUCACCGAAAACCAAACUGCAGCUAAAGGACGAACCACCGUCCAUUUCCAGUGCACAGAACAUGCGCAGUCAUGCCAAUUUCAGUGCCGCACGUGCAGCAGACAGAUUUGUGUAUUGUGUUUAACUACAAUUCACAAAUCCCACGACUUUGUGGCACUCGAUGAUUAUGCGAAGUCAGUGAGACAGAAUUUGUAUCUUUUACUGAAUUCAAAAUCGAAAGAAGCCCACACCAUUUCAGAAACACUCCAGACUCUGUCAACUCACAAAGAAACAUAUGAGGACUGGAUCGGUCGAAAACUAACGGAAGUGGAUGAAAUGUUCGAAAAUUUAAAACUAGAACUGGAAGAGUUACGUUCAGAGAUACACGAUAAUGUGGAACAGAGAAGGAACAAUGAUAUAAUAACUAUGGAUAAGCAGCACAAAAAGGCCUAUGAUUUCAAAGACAGACUUCAAUAUUCCGUCAGAGUUCUCGGAAAUGAGUUGGAUCUUUGUAAUGAUCACGAUCUGACAAACCUAAAAACCAAAAUCGAGACGGAGUGCAACAAACUCAGGGAAGAUAUCGCCUUAGAGUUGCCCAAGCUUCCAAUGCUGAGGUUGUUAAGGGAACCAAAUGAAUACAAAGGGAUUCUGAUUAAAGUUCUCUUGAAAAUUAUGAAAACGGAUCUUUUCACUCUGCAGACGACAAGUUCUUUCGAUAUCGAUAUUGAUAAACCCGUCUUCAGAGACGAAAUUGAUAUAAAUUUGUCGAUGAAGAUUCUUGGAUGCAAGUAUAUUUGGUCAAUAGCCGGAUGUGACGAUGGAAGGGUGUGGAUAGGGACGGAAGACAAAAAGCUCCGUCUGGUGGACAAUUUUGGCAACACAGUGAAGUGUCUUCAGAUGUCGCAAAGUGCAGUACACUUAACUGUACUCACUUCUGGUGAUGUUCUUUGUAGCAAUGGAUACGGAAUAGACAGGACUUCAGUCAUUCAGAAAGUAUCAUUAAAUUUCAGUGUUACCACAUUUUCCCGCCUUUCUCCGACUCUGGAGGUAGGUCCUUUGGCGUCUACCAAGCGUGGAAAUGUUCUAGUCGGCAUUCGGAAUUCGACCGGGCGGGGCGAGGUGUUGCAUAUGACUAACAGCGGCAAAAUGAUAAACAAGGUCGCUCAAAUUACGAAAGAUGUAGAGAGAAUCACCACUGGCGAGGAUGAGAAAGUCUUCAUUAAAGAUUCUGGCUGUAUCUGGAUAAUGAGUCUAAAGGGGGAAUUCCUAAAUCAGAUAGAACUGAAAGGUGAACUGAAGGGGAUUAAGGGAAUAGUGUGUGAUCGGUUUGCAAACCUUGUCUGCUUCCGGUCAGGGGAUACUAAUAACAUACGAAUUAUUGAUAUCCAAGGAACCCUAAACAAACAAUUCCGUUUCAGUUUAAAAUCUGACAAUGAGAGGGAUUUGGAUAUUUGUGAUGUUGACGUCAAUGAUUAUAUUUGGCUGAAAGAAGACGAAUCUGUACAUGUGUUGAAGUAUCUUCACUAGAGUUUGUCAACAUCUAAGUGCUAGCUCAACAUCGUCAAAGGCAUUUUCACCAGAACCCGUCAACAUCGAAAUAACUCAACAUCGUCAGAGGUAUCUUCACUAGAACCCGUCAACAUCGAAAUAACUAAACAUCGUCAGAGGCCUCUUCACUAGAACCCGUCAACAUAGAAAUAACUCAACAUCGUCAGGAAAACGACAGAUGUCCAAGUCAAUAUAUAGACAUUUUCUUCUUGUCUAUUGUCAGAACAUUAUUUGUUACAGUCCAUAUAGUUCCGUGAGCAACACGGAUCAAGCAUGUUAUACCAUGAGGUGGUUACACAUUCUUUAACUUUAGAUUCAUUAAAAUUUGCUACAGAC